AUGGAAGUGGCUGUGUCUCAAAACCUAGAGAGCUGCCCAAGCUGGAUCUGCUAUGCUGAGAAGGCUCAUGGUGAAUUCAUCCUCCCGUACAUCAGCACGACCCGCUCGCCGCAGCAGAUGAUGGGUUCUCUGGUCAAGGGCUAUUUUGCCUCUCAGAAGGGUGUUUCACCACAUCAGAUCUACCAUGUGACAGUGAUGCCCUGCUAUGAUAAGAAACUCGAGGCUUCCAGACCAGACUUCUACCUCAGCGAGUACGAGACCAGAGAGGUGGACUGCGUCAUCACUUCAGGUGAAGUUCUGAAGAUGUUGGAAGAGGAGAAUGUGUCCUUGAGUGACGUGGAAGUGGCACCUUUAGACACAAUGUUCAGUAACGUAUGUGGGGAGGAGCUGCUGGGUCACGCAGGAAGUGGAUCGGGAGGAUACCUUCAUCACAUCUACAAACAUGCUGCCAAACAGCUGUUUGGGGUUGAAGUGGAUGAACUCACUUACAAGACAAUAAAAAACAAAGACUUCCAGGAAGUCACUCUAGAGAAGGACGGUCAAGUUCUGCUGCGAUUCGCUGCCGUCUACGGCUUCAGGAACAUUCAGAACCUGGUGCAGAAGCUGAAACGCGGAAAGUCACAGUACCACUUUGUAGAAGUGAUGGCAUGUCCGUCAGGAAGUCUGAAUGGCGGAGGUCAGCUGAAGCCUUCAUCAGAUCAAACGAGCAAAGAGCUGCUGCAGCAGGUGGAGGAGUUGUACCACGGUGAACGUACCUCGGUGCCAGAGCAGGACUUGCGAGUGGCUGAACUCUAUCAGAGCUGGUUAGAGAGCGUGGGAAAGGAGAAAGCCAGACCGCUGCUGCACACAGAGUACCACGCCAUAGAAAAAAACACCAGUGGACUCAGUAUAAAGUGGUGAGGAGACACGAGACACUGAUGAACCAUUUAAGUUGUUUCUUUGCCUUCCGUUAAAUGUUUGUCGAAGUCAAGUUACACUUUAAGAUGCAUUUGACACUACACCAGCUAAACACUUCUAGACACGCCAUUAGCAAAUGUGAUUAUGUUUGAUAAGACAGAUGAAGUUCUAUUUCCUGCUUCUAUAAAGUAUCCGCUGGAAAAGGUUGGGGUCAGCCUACAAAUUAAACCGGUCUUUAUGUGUCUUUUAGCAGUAGGCAAUUUUUCUAUGUCCAUGAAUGUUGCCUUGUGUUAUUGUUUUCUUUCAUGUAUUUGUGAGUUUGUUACUUUGAAAGUGUUGAAUGCAAAAAAAACGCAAUAGAUGUUACUAUGUAGUAUGCACUGAAAAUUAUACCUUUUCUUCUUUUUUAAAAUAUAUUUUGAUUUAUGAU